CCCUAUUAACCGAGCGGGAUGCGACAGGCUCGCGAGAUCAAGUAUCGGCUUGCGCGAGGACGCGAUUCGGGAACGCUCCUCUCGAGACGGGAGAAUCUUACCGGAGUAUUCGCGGCCAAUCUCAAGGUCGGUGAAAGCGCGACAAUGAAAACUCUCGCGGCAGCUCGAUCGGGAGAAAUGAAGAAGGUUAAGGACGAGCUGAGGGCGAUGCUCCCGAUAUUAAAACCUUCAGAAGUGAGAAGGUUGCUUUUUUUAACUGUAAAGAAUGUUUUAUAUUUAUUGCGUGUCCUUUACUAUACGCUCUUUCGAGGCGCCUCAUUACGACGCUUAUGCCAGUGUUAUCUACAUUUUGCCCAGAUUACUCUUAAUAAACGUGCCAUCAAAGUUGUCCUAUUUAUAUCUUCAAACAGAUAUCGUUUACCGCCUCACGAAGCGAUCAUCGAUGAACUCGAGGAAAGCAAUUACGUGGAAUCGGUUUGCUAUUUGAGAGAAUUAUUUGAACUCGACGAGGCAACUCGUAGGGCGGCUGGCCCUGAAACCUUGACAUGGGAGAAGCCGCGCUUAAAGGACAACAGGGACGCAAUGUUGCGUCUGAAGAAAAGCCUGAUCGCUGUCGAGCGAGCCAAAAACGCCGGUGGGGGCGAAAUAAUCUCUCGAUCUGUUUCCAACUUUAGAUACUGGAACAUUUUAAUAAUGUAUUCUAUAAUUAUAGAAAUGUCAAGGUUUGUCUAUUUAUUAAGUAUGAGUAAAAGUAGGAAUAUUACGAAAUUUCUGGAGGUAGGAGACUACGUUUCCACAGCCGCAGAAUUUCUGAAUACAGCACUGCUCUUUCAAGCGAUGACCUGGGAAUGGUGGUGGGUAGCGGAGCGGCUUUACCGUAGCGCUCUGGAGAACGCUAAGCUGGUAAAGGAUGAUGAUCAGCGGACGAGCACCAUCACACACUAUCUGUACGGCCGAUUUCUAUUUGAGCAAAAAAAUUAUGUUCGCACAAUGCAAUCAGUACAGGAUACGACGGAGUCGUUAUACCAUUUAAAACUCGCACGUGAAGUAUGUCAGGAGAAAUCGUGGAACGCGUCGAAGAUGACCGGUCGAAAAGAGGAAACUAUCUUUCGAGAAUGCAAUGUGCUUCUGUACAAAAUACUGCUGAUGCAUGCGCAACAAGUCCGUCCCGAUCAACCGGACGUCGCUGUAAAAGCGUGCACCGAAGCUCUCGCACGAGCGACGGAUUGUGAGCUACUCAUCUUCGUCUCUCAGCCAAACACAGUGGUUUCCUUAAAUUAUAUAACAAAGAGCUGUGCGAUAUCAUCGGUCAUCUUCACAUCCGCAGCUGGACAUUACGAAUACAUAGCAAACGUUCUGUACGAGCUGGGCAUGAGUCAGUUACGAUCGGGCGAUGUGAAACUCGCCUUUCGGAACUUCUCCAAGUUCCUGGCAAUGGUUAAGAGGAUCUCGGACCCGGAGGGGAUCUGCAACGCGCACAUGGCGAUGGCACUUGCGUACAAGUUAUGUGUAACUUAUGUUUUCCCUAGGUUUCGAUUUAUGUAUAUUUUACCGCACAUGCAGACACGCUUAUUACGCGAUCUUGAAAAAAUUCUUCGCGCGAUUCUCACGGCCGAUACGUAUAUGCAGGAAUUGGACGACGACGCAAACACGGAAAAGCAUCUUCGUCUGUUCGUGGUAAACGCAACCAAGUCUGGACUCACGAAAAAACUCGCACAGGCACACUAUUGCACUGGCGAGCAUUUUUUGAGCAAGAAAAAACCAGAUAUUGCAACCUUUCAUCUGGAAAAAUCCUUCGAGCUGUAUAAUGAAGUCGGUUUGAACGUCGAUGCUGAUAAAGCGCGAGCUCUCGCCGGAGUUUCAAAAGGUGGGUUACACGUUUCUUCAAACUAUAACGUGCGAUAAACUUAAAAUGUAUU